UACCAGCAGUUGAACUCUCACUUUCUCUCUCAACAAAAUGGUGUGACAUGCCGAAGCACUCUAAACUUAGCAUUCAGCUCGCUUUCAGUCACUUCUCCUGCUCUCUUGGAUUUUUAUCUCAAAUUUUGAAGCCCUACUUAUUCCAUGAAGAUCAGCGUUUGAUACGGAGCUUCUCAGUGUUGAAUGCGGCGGAGAAGAGGGUUCAUAUAAGGCGACAAAUCAGAAGUUGUGGUUAUUCUGCCCUUUUUGCUUCGACUUGCAGAGAUCACCAAAUGGAGUCCCCACCUGCAUACAAAUAUAUUGAACGCAAUGAAUUUACCUAUCGCAAGCACAAAAAGCAGAAAGUGGAGGAUAUCCCUGUUUGCGAUUGCGAAUAUGAUGCUAAUGAUCCUGAGGGCGGAUGCAAAGGGAGGUGUUUGAAUGUACUGACUAGCACGGAAUGCACACCUGGCCAUUGCCCCUGUGGCAUUUAUUGCAAGAAUCAGAGAUUCCAAAAAUGUGAAUAUGCGAAGUCCAAACUGUUCAAGACCGAAGGUCGAGGUUGGGGUCUCUUGGCAGCUGAGGAUAUUAAGGCUGGGCAGUUUGUAAUUGAAUAUUGUGGGGAAGUAAUUUCUUGGCGAGAAGCAGUGAGAAGGUCCCAUGCUUAUGAAGCAGAAGGGUUGAAAGAUGCCUUCAUCAUAUGCCUCGAUUCAUCUGAAUCGGUUGAUGCUACUAGAAAAGGAAGCUUGGCACGUUUCAUCAACCACUCGUGUGAACCAAAUUGUGUGACAAGGAAGUGGACGGUGCUAGGAGAAAUAAGGGUUGGGAUUUUUGCUAAAAAAGACAUUUCAGAGGGUACAGAACUCGCGUAUAAUUAUAAUUUUCAAUGGUUUGGUGGUGCUAAGGUUCGUUGUCUAUGUGGAGCUGCUUCCUGUACGGGGUUUCUUGGGGCAAAGUCUCGUGGAUUUCAAGAAGAUACAUAUCUUUGGGAAGAUGAUGAUGACAGAUACUCUGUCGAGAACAUUCCUCUUUACGACUCUGAGGAGGAUGAACCCACCUCCAAACUCUUCAAGAUUACUGAUACAUUAAAAGAUACAGAGGAAAAUGCUGUGACGAAGGAUGAUUAUUUUAUGAAAACAGAUGAUUAUCCAGAAUUUGAGGUGUGCACUCACUCCCUAGAGAAUGCAAUCGUGCCCACUGCUUCAGAUAUUAUGGAAGGUAAUAUAAUGAAUGAAGAAGUGAAAGUUGAAGUUAGUGAACAUACUAAAAAUUACUCACAGAAUACCCACGAAAGUUUUCCUCCUAAGAAUGCAUUGAUAUCUCGUAUUCGAAGUAACAGUGCUUGCCGCAACUAUCACAUACAGCAUCGACAUGUGCCCAAAAACUUAAAUCACUAUUCUUCUGGAAAAUCAAAGAACUUUACCCAAAAGGAGGUUAAUGGGGAAGGUAUCUGUCAGCUGUUAUCAUUAAAAGAGACCCAAGAAGAAAUUUUGGCCUUGGAGGAAGCAAGGAAAACUGCUUCUGCAAAGCUCGAUUCUUUGUAUGAUGAAAUAAGGCCGGUUAUUGAGGAACAUGAGAAGGACAGCCAAGAUAGUGUAUCUACCAGUGUGGCUGAAAAGUGGAUCCAAGCCUCGUGUUGUAAGUUGAAAGCAGAUUUUGAUUUUCACUUAUCUGUUAUUAAAAAUCUCCCUAGGAGCUCCCAAAAAGCAGAUGGUGCUGCAAUGACUAGUGGUGCUGAAGUGAACGGUGAUGCGGGAAAUCUGAACGGCCAAGCCUGAAACUUUGAGCUCUUGUUGAGUUUGACUUGGAGAAUAUCAGCCUAGUCGUUUUUUACUUAUGAUGGAUGAUGAUUUCGCAAAGGCUUGUUUUUCACUGGUUAGGUCGAUUUAUUAUGAAAUAUCUGUUUAUGUGAAUGGCUGUCACUUAUUUAUGGAUGCCAAAGUAGUUGUGAUUAUCAUGCAUGGAAUCCCAUUUAUCCACCCGAAGGAUCACUUUUUGCUUUGUUUUUCUCAUGAAUCAUUUUACUGGGGCCUAAGAUAUUUUGGUUUUU